UCACAUGCGUACAUGAGAUUCUUAUAAUCUGUGUGCGUCUCUCGAGUCGUGAACUCGACAGCAGCAGCAGCAGCAGUAGCAUUUGUACACAUAUAAUAGCGAGGCUAACGCAGUCUACAGUCGGUGGUGUGUGCCUGCCAGCUUGCUCCUGCUGUUCGCAUUAUUAAGUGCUUUUAUUUACUAUUUAGCAGUGCGUGAGUCCUCUCUCUUUCUACCGGACCGCAGACUACGAUCGUCCAUGUAAUAAUAAUAAUACGAAUAAUCCGGCAGCAGCAGCAGCUAGCUAGCUCGACGCUCGUCCGAGAGAGUGUGUGUUUUGGUUCCACGACGAGCCCUCCAGAUAGAGCUCCUGCGCGCGCGAGAGACAGCUUGAGAAAGAGAGAGACAGCGAGCGAGGGAAGCCGACGGCGAGCUAUUCAUCGAGGGAAUUCGAGACACGAGAAGCCCCGGAGCCCAGGCCCCGCGCAAAAACAACCACGACAAUAUGACCCAGCAAAACAAAACCGUGAACUUCGUGAUACACGAUGCCCACGGAAUGCCUCAAUAUAUCAAACUAGUUCAAAGCACACCAAAUAAAAAUCUCAGUGGCAUCGUUGGGUCUCCAAAACUUUUAAGAGCAACUAACCAAGAACCACAGGUUGUAACAGCUAGCCAAGUGCUUAGAACUUUAAGUUUCCAGAAUCCAAGUAACACUGGUCAGAGAUUAGUUACAAUACCUAUACAAAAUGCCAAGGUUCAGACAGUAUCUACUAUGAAACCUGCUGAUCCACUUGCAAAAACAAUACAACUGACUCCUAAUCAAAUGCAGGCUGUCAAUCAUCAAAUAAUAAAAGAUGCAUCUGGUAAAACUUAUAUUAGUCCAAUAUUGGAUCACACAGGAAAUCGUAAACGUCAAGAUACAGAAGGAAGUGAAUCUGUUACUGAUUACCCUUUUACUAAGCGUAGGAAAACAGAUAAAGUAGGAAAAGGUCUAAGACACUUUUCUAUGAAAGUUUGUGAAAAAGUAAAAAAGAAGGGUACAACUUCUUAUAACGAAGUGGCAGAUGAAUUAGUUGGAGAGUUUACAAAUCCAGCUCAUUCUAAUUCUUUAACCGAUCAACAAUAUGAUCAGAAAAAUAUCAGAAGGAGAGUUUAUGAUGCGUUGAAUGUUCUCAUGGCUAUGAACAUUAUUUCAAAAGAGAAAAAGGAAAUCAGAUGGCUGGGAUUACCAACCAAUUCAUUGCAAGAAUGUGUCGCUUUGCAAAAAGAUCGAAAAAAGAAAAUUGAGAGGAUCACUCAAAAAACCCAACAGUUGCAAAGAAUUAUUUUACAACAUAUUGCUGUAAAAAAUUUGAUGGAACGAAAUCGUAUUACUGAAACAAUGUAUGGUCCACCUAAGCCGAACUCUGCAAUUCAGUUGCCAUUUAUUAUUAUUAACACAGAUAGAAAAACUGUUGUUAACUGCAGUAUUUCAAAUGAUAAAACUGAGUACCUGAUGAAUUUCAAUGAUAAAUUUGAAAUUCACGAUGAUGUUGAGAUAUUGAAUGAAAUGGGCUUGACAUUUGGAUUAAAUAAAGGAAAGUGCUCAGAAGAAAAUCUUAAUAUAGCCAAAUCAAUGGUUCCAAAAGCUUUGGAAAAAUAUGUUGAGCAGAUGGCAACUGGAGAUAUUGAAAAGUUUUUACCAGUUCAGAUUUCUGCUUCUAACUCUGGAGUCGAUGACAUUGAGUUAAAAAUGGAAGCCUCUAGUAGACCACCAUCAUCUUCACACACCUCAUACUCGGAAGAAGCUCCGUCGCCGUCUCACUAUUAUUCUGAAUUUGAAGAUGAAGAGGAUAGUGAGCAAGAAGAGCAAGUAGAAAGUGACUCAGAAAUGAACUAGCGCUCAUUUGAUCUCUAAAGCUACUGAAACUCAUAUUAAAAAAAAGCUAAUCAAAAUGAAACCAACAAUUUCUCUCGGUGAAAUCAAUAAAAUACAAGGACUUUUAAGUGAGCCGUUCUUAUAAAUUAUGGUGUUGAAUACCGUAGAAUCGGUACGAAAAUAGAUUGUAAACGUAUUAGCGACACAUUUAAGUACAAGAGCAUUUUGCAAAUCUUGUGACAAUUUUUUCACAUGAGUGAUGUGUGCAUUGCACUGAUUAACUAUGAUGUUUAUCGUUAUUAUGAAGUUUUUUGUAGGUGAGCUGCUCAAAUACACGUAAAACGUUGACAAAAUAUCGUGUAAAUUUUUGAUUUUUUUUUUUUUACAUUUAAAAUGUACAAUGACGGUGGUUAUUAUUGUAACAUUGGAAUGAAACAAACAAUUACACUGGCUGUCUUUUUUUCCGUAAGUUUCGUAUAUAAACAAAUACCAAAUAGUUACCGAAAAAACGACAGCUUUUAUGCAGUAUUUGUUGAAUUUCAAAUAAUAAUUUGGUCUCGUAUUUGAGCAGUCAACGCAAUGCAUUGUUAAAUAUAUUAUUCUGUAUGAAAGAGAAUCAAAUCAUCAGCAGAUUUCCAAGUAGAAUUUGUGUGAAUUUUGGAGUUGAGUGGGGCCAGUCAUGAAAAUCAAUAAAAUGUAUGAGAGCAUUAGAUAAAACACUGAGGGAAAAUAAUUUUUUUUAGUAAAAAUACUGGAUUGAAAGUUUGAAAUAACCGAGUUACAUCGGAAUUUUAUAACAAGAAGCAUCUCCAAUCUUUUUGAGAUUCACAAUGACUGAUGAGAAAUUCGAUGUUUUUUUAGGUAUGCAUCGUCUUAAGGGUUUUAGGCCCAAUAUGUAUUGUACAUUAUAUGAUAAACAUAGUACAUGUACAAAAUAUUAUGUACUAUUAUUACUCAUUUUCUUAUGUCACCUUAAUGUAACUUUGAAGUAUAAAAACUUAUUAUGAUAGGCACAAAGUGUCAAAAUAGAUAUGGAAAAAUUGUAAUAACUUUUAUGCUUUUAUUAUAUCAGUUGUAAGUGCACCUGUUAUCAUAUAAGUAAAUAGUGAUUUCUAUAUUGAAAAAAGUAGAAAAAGGCCAACUUCACACAGAAUACUGAAAGAAUUUUGCUUCAAAAAAUUUAUAGAUUACUAAAAAAAAUUGAGGAAAGUUUGGGUUGAAUUUCUUGAGUGCAAAUAUUACUUUAAAUAACUUUUUAUAGCAUUGUCAGACUUUAGGCUUUAAAAAAAAACUUAUUUUU